UAGUGGACCUUUUCUAAGAGCAUAACAUAACUAAUAAAAAGCUUUCAAGGGCCAGGGGAUUAAGUACCUUUCUGCUCAUCUUUCCGCUUCCAGUCUAAUUAAGAAAUCAUGGUUCCAGAAGUAGUGGCUGGAGCGUUUCUAUCCUCUUUUCUCUCUGUUCUGUUUCAUAGGAUGUCUUCCCGUCAGGUUCUUGACUUCAUUAGGGGACGGAAAAAAACCAACAAGCUGCUUGGGAUGUUGAAAAUAAAGCUGAGAUCAGUUAAUGCAUUGCUAGAUGAUGCAGAGGAGAAGCAAAUCAGAAACACAGCAGUGGGAGAGUGGCUUGACGAGCUCAAAGAUGCUGUCUAUGAGGUAGAUGACCUGCUGGACGAGAUCAACAUUAAAGCUCUGCGAUGCAAUCUGGAAGCUAAAUCCGGAAGCAGCAGCACAAGUAAGAUUACAAUCCUAAAUUCCACUUCCUUUGAUGAGAUUGAAAAUGCUAUCGGACCCAGGAUAGGGGAGAUUCUUGACAGAUUAGAACUUAUUCUAAAAGAGAGAGUUGUGCUGUGCAUUAAAACAAGUGUUAAAGGUAGACAACAAGCCACAUUACCUACAACAUCUUUGGUAGAAGACAACAGUGUGUAUGGAAGGGAUAAGGACAAAGAUACUAUUAUCGAAUUAUUGCUAUCGAAUGAUGGAGAGAAUAAAAAGAUAAGUAUUAUUCCUAUUGUGGGCAUGGGUGGGAUUGGAAAGACCACCCUUGCUCAACUGGUAUACAAAGAUCUUAGAGUGAAGCAACAUUUUGACCUCCAAGUAUGGGUUUGUGUUUCAGAAGAGUUUGAUGUUGUUCGAAUAACGCAGAUAAUUUAUGGGGCAGUUAGUUCACAAACUUGUGACAUGACAGACCUCAACCUACUUCAAGUUAAACUCCAAGAGGCUUUGACAGGGAAGAAGUUUCUCUUUGUUUGUGAUGAUGUUUGGAAUGAGAAUUAUAUCCAGUGGGAUUUGUUAAGGCGUCCCUUUGAGUCUGGAGCACAUGGAAGUAAGAUCAUCGUCACAACUCGCAAUGAAGGUGUUGCAUCUAUUAUGGGUACUCUUCCAACUCACCAUCUCAUGGAAAUAUCUGACGAUAAUUGUUGGUUAUUAUUUGCAAAACAUGCCUUCAAAAUUGAAGGUCUUAAUGAAAAUUCAAAACUGGAAGUGAUUGGAAGAGAAAUUGUUAAGAAGUGUAAAGGCCUUCCUUUAGCCGCAAAAGCACUUGGGGGUCUCUUACGCUCCAAGGCAAAUGAGGAUGAAUGGAAAAAUAUAUUGAAAAGUGACAUAUGGGAGUUGUUAGACAAGGACGUUAACAUUCUUCCAGCUCUAUGGUUGAGCUAUCAUUAUCUACCUCCGCAUCUUAAGCGUUGCUUUGCUUAUUGUUCCUUAUUUCCGAAAGAUCACAACUUUAAAAAAUCGAAAUUGGUUAUGUUGUGGAUGGCUGAAGAUCUCUUACAACCUCGAAAAAAGAAAAUGGCGGAAGAAGUUGGAGAGGAGUACUUUGAUGAUCUCGUCUCACGGUCAUUUUUUCAACAGUCAUCAAGUGUUCAAUCGUUUUUUACCAUGCAUGACCUUAUCAAUGAUCUAGCAAAGUUUGUGUCGGGAAAAUUCUGUGUUAGGUUGGAGGACAGUGACUCACUCAAUACCGCGAUUAAAACCCGUCAUCUUUCAUUUAUGAAAAAAACAGAUUGUCAUGCCUACGAGAAAUUUGACGAUUUGAAGUAUUUGCACACCUUCCUACCAUUAUCAUUGCUACCUAUAUGGGCAGGAAAAUUUCGAAUGCUGGACCUACAUCAUCUAUUGCAUACAUUACAAUAUGUAAGAGUUCUCAACUUAUCAAGAGGUACAAAGUUAGAAAAGAUGCCACCAAAGAUGGGCGAACUGAAAGAUCUCCAAACGUUAAGUGACUUUGUCUUGGACAAAGAUCAUGGCGAUGACAUCACUGAGCUAAAGGAAUUUCAACAUUUGCAUGGAACACUUCGUAUUGCUGGCCUUCAGAAUAUUGUUCAUGCCGAGGAUGCUUUAAAGUCCAAUAUGAGGGAGAAGGAGCAUUUGAAUGAACUAAUUUUGCAAUGGGGAUGCAAUAGUAACGAUUCAGAAAAAGAUAGGCAGGUGCUCAACAACCUCCAGCCCCAUACAAACCUAAAAGAACUCACAAUUUGUUCUUAUGGGAGCACCAGCUUUUCGAGGUGGCUAGUACAUUGUUCCUCUAAUCUUGUUUGUCUUCGACUCAAGCGAUGUGAAAAUAUUUUACUCCUGCCACCAUUGGGACAGCUACCCUUACUCAAAGAGCUUGAAAUUGAUGGGUUAAAUGGAGUGGUGUCGAUUGACAAUGAGUUUUAUGCUGAUGAUACUUGUGCAAUUAAGCCAUCAUUUCAAUGUCUUCAAAUGUUGAAAAUAAAAAAUAUGUUGGAAUGGGAAAAGUGGUCUUAUGAAGGUGGAGGUUUUCCUAAUCUUCGUGAGCUUCGUCUGCUGAAGUGUCCCAAGCUAACCGGUAUAUUAACGUUAGACUACUUCCCAAGGCUUAAUAUGCUCAAGUUAUGUGGAGCCGGUCUAGAAUCCGUCACUAAUAUUUCACAGGAGCUCAUCUUGACAGACUUAACAGAGAUAUAUAUCGAUGAAUGUAAGAAAUUGAGGUCAUUGCCAGAGCAGAUGCAGGCCCUUCUCCCAUCUCUCCAGUCUAUGUCCAUAGAGAACUGCCCAGAAAUGCACUCAUUUUUUGAAGGUGGAUUACCUUCAAAGUUAAAAUCUGUUUCCAUCCGUUCUUGCAAAAAGCUCAUUGCAAACCGUGUGCAGUGGAGUCUACCAAGACUCACCUCUCUCAGACACUUGACAGUCAGCUUCGAAGAAUGCGAAGCAGUAGAUUCAUUUCCGGAAGAAGGGCUGCUGCCUUUCAGUCUUACUUCUCUAUGGAUCUCCAGUCUUUUGAAUCUUAGGACCAUUGAAGGCGAGUUGACACACCUGACCUCUCUUCAAGAGUUGACAAUACAGAUGUGCCCUGAGCUGCAGUGCUUGCCAGAUGAAGGGCUACAGACUUCUCUCUCUCAUCUACAAAUCUCGGAAUGUCCUUUGUUAAAGCAACGGUGCCAACGAGAGACAGGGGAAGACUGGCCCAAGAUUGCUCACAUCAACAACAUAGAGAUCGAUGGGAAACAAAUAUGAUUUUGCAAUGUCUUGAUGCACGGGUUCUUCUAGUUCUCCUAAUGGUAAUUAUUCAAUUCUCUCUGGGGUUCUUCUAGUUCUGCAGUCUGUACUUCUAAGUUUAAUUUCAGUAGUGAAUAUAGUGGUGUUUACUUCUUUGUCA